GGCAGCAGUCAGUCAGUGCCCGGCAGACGGCUGUGUGCGCGCCGUGCCCCCCAUAUGAGCGCUGGAUACAUCCUAUGGCAGGGUGACCCCACGGCUUGGGCAGGCUCAUGAAGCCGACAAGGGCGAGGGUUGUGGUUAAAGCCCGAGCUGGAUGGAUGGGUAUGGGGAGAGGGGCAGGACCCAAAGCCCUGGGACUCUUCAAAAUCCUCACCAUCUUCUUGUGCACAUUCCACACAGCCUUCAGCUCCUCCUGUAGAAUUCUAAAGUGUAACUCAGAAUUUUGGUCAACAACCUCAAACUCCCAUCAUACAGGAGCAGAGGAUUCGGUGGAAUUUUGCACAGCACUGCGAACCUAUGCCCAUUGCACCCGUCGCACUGCUCGCUUUUGUAGAGGAGAUUUGGCUUACCAUUCAGCUGUCCAUGGCAUUGAUGACCUCAUGAGUCAACACAAUUGCUCCAAAGAUGGCCCCACUUCCCAGCCACGUGUUCGUACCCCACCACCAUGGGACAGCCAGGAAAGGUCUGACAGCCCUGAGAUUUGUCAUUAUGAAAAGAAUUUUCACCGGCACUCAGCAGCCCCUAAUUACACCCAUUGUGGUCUCUUUGGGGAUCCCCAUCUUAGGACGUUUACGGACACUUUUCAGACCUGCAAAAUACAAGGGGCAUGGCCUCUCAUAGACAAUAAUUACUUGAAUGUACAAGUCACCAACACACCUGUACAUCCAGGAUCAACUGCAACAGCUACCAGCAAGGUUACAAUAAUCUUCAAAAACUUCCAAGAGUGUGUGGACCAAAAGGUUUACCAGGCUGAAAUGGAUGAGCUUCCAGCUGCUUUUGUAGAUGGCUCUAAGAAUGGUGGAGAUAAGAGUGGAGCAAACAGCUUGAAAAUCAUAGAAAAAGUGUCGGGGCAACACAUAGAAAUACAAGCCAAAUAUAUUGGUACCACAAUAGUGGUGCGGCAAGUUGGUCGCUACCUGACCUUUGCAGUACGCAUGCCUGAGGAGGUGGUGAAUGCAGUGGAGGACAAAGAAAACCAAGGACUUUAUCUGUGCCUCCAGGGUUGUCCUCAGAAUCAGCAAAUUGACUUUCGAACCUUUCACUCCCAAACCCCAGAAACUGGCUCUAGGAGACAUGGGACUGGAUCCAGUGUCUCCUCAUUUACCCCUCAGAUGGCAGGAGCCAAAUGCAAAGAAAAGCUGCCCGUUGAGGACCUCUACUUUCAGUCCUGUGUCUUUGACCUCCUUACAACAGGGGAUGUGAAUUUCACUCUAGCUGCUUAUUAUGCCUUUGAGGAUGUGAAGUUAUUACACUCCAAUAAGGACAAACUCCAUUUGUAUGAAAGGACCAGAGACUUGCCGUCUGGAAGUGCAGCUCCUAAAUCGGGCCUGGGGAUGGCCAUGUUCCUUGUGGCUUUUGUGUAUUUGUUUCAGUGUUGCACAGUGUUGUUGUAAUGUUAUGUUUACUGUGUAAAUCUAAUGAGAUGUAGUGAGGCAGUCUAAGAGGUGCAGGCUCAAUUACCUAAUAAGCAUUUGUUUUUGUGAAAGCACAAUUAUGUGACACCGCUAUAAUGUUUUCUUGUAUACAACAGUCACAGAAACAAGGCUUUUGGAAUUGCCAUCUAGUGAAGCUAUGCCACCCUUGAUCCAAAGCCUACAAAGAAUGCAAAGGUCUCUGGGAAUAUGUACCUUUCAGCAAGAAAGGUGUCUCACAUUGAUGUAGGACAGGUGUCUAAUCCUUAGGGUAUGGACUUGGAGAACUGAAUUAAGACCUUUUUUUUUUUUUAACCUUUUUUUUGUGUGCAUCUUUUUGAGGCACAAUAAUUACAUAGUUUCCUGUCCAUCAGAUCUGCUUAGUGAAGCUUAUGUGAACCAUACCUCAUCUAUAGAUGUCACAGAGAGAAGACUACUUCCUCUGCCCGACUUGGUACUGCAGAUAUCAUGGUGGCUGUGAAAUGUUAGUAUUUUGUGAACGUGGCUUUUGUGAUUCAUAAUAAUAAGCUGUAAACGCAUGAUCAAUUUUAUUGGUGCUCACUAGUAUCAGAUGGUCUAUUAACCAUCACCAGUGUUUAUGUGGACAUGUAGCGAUAAGCUUUUCCAUAUCCACUAUGCAUAUGUAGCCGUGAAACAUGCUGGUACCAAGCAGAAGUUUACGAGGCCAAUGAAAACAUGUAAAAAUCGAAAUGCCAAAACCUUAGAAAUGGGAAUCUUUGCAGACCUGUGCAACCAUCAUUUUAGCUCGCUGUUGAGGGAGCACUUUUAGGAGUAUGUUGGUCAAGGUACAUGUUGCUUUCCUUUAGCUGCAGAUGCCUCCAGAUAAGAGCUGGUAGAAGGUACAUGGCAAGUAAUUCAGAGCGCCUCUGGGCUGGAAAUGGGAGCGCUUAUAUCACCAUGAUGCAGCAGCCUGGUAUAAUACAGCUAUAAAUUCUAGGGUGGGGGACAUGUAGUAGAACCUGGUCUUUAGACCAGUGAUCAUAGUACAGGCCAUUUACUGACAUGACACUGGUUACUGGAGCAGAUGUAUAGUGUAAAUAUAAACCUAUAGGAGUCAGAUGUAAAGCGAAAUAAUGCAACUUGUGUUGGAUAUAAUUUAUCUCGUCUGUAAUAUGUGGAACUUUUGUAAUUCUGUCAGUUUUUAAAUUGUCACUGUAAAUAGGAGAUACGUAAUGUGUUCCAGUGUAAUAGAUGUGGUAACUACUUUUCAUGUCAUUAGAUUGAAUUUUGAUCGACUCUAAUGUGCUGCAAACAUCCGAGACACUCAUGGGUAAGAAUAUAGGCUUUUAUUAAGCAGUAGAGGAAGCUUUCUCAGCCCAGGAAGACAUGUUGUGACCCCACCAGCAUCCAGCCAGCAAAUUUACAUAGGAACUUAGACCAGGCAAUAAAGCAGGAGUCAAUGGGGACAAAACUG